CACUGAUGAAUAUAUUGAAUAAUAUGGAUCAGAUACUUUACUAUAUGGAGUUCAUUUCUACAGCUGUACGUAAGUUUCCAGUGUUCUUUGAACUUGGUUUUACAUAGAUCUUUCUUUAUUUUGCUUAUUGUAAAUUCAUUUAAUAACUUAACAGAUAAGUUUGCCGAUUACUUUGUAGACAUAAGACUAUCUUGACUAAAGCUAUUAUGCUAAGCUUAUUGUAUGAAGAUUUGUUAAACUCUUAAAUGAAACACCCGUCUCUAAUACUUCUUGUUCUGGGAGUAGUUCCUGAUAGUGACUUGCUUACCUUUGAUCUUUACAUUCUUAGAGGACAAGAAUAAGAAUUGGUAACUACAGCUGAUAAUACAGUCAGGGUCAGGCUGGUCAUUGAAGAAGAAAUGGUGGUGAUGUGAUUUAAGUGGGUGAGUCGCUGUGUGCAUCCCUAGCACUUGAUUUAGGAGACAUCUUUAUUCGUGUGAUGCUUUUGUCUUUAUGCCUGGUGAUGUACUUGAGGGAGAAGCAGACCUGCUAUAACCAAUGGAUUUUUGCCCAAUUUUCUUUUGCUCAGUUAAACAAGCAAACAAACAAACCCAAAACAAAACAGAAUGAAUUAUUCUGUCAGAAUGACAGGCCAGUCUGAGUAGUGUUCAGAAAGCAGAGUGCUGAGAGUUGUCAGUGAAGAAAAAGAAUACAAAAUUGAAAGUACUAUAUCAGUGUACAGUUGUGUUGUGCCUUCCUUUUUAGUAACUCUGGUCUCUGCCAUAUCAAAAAGAGUUUAUCUUGCUCUGUAUUUUUUUAAAGAUCAAAGCUAACAUUUUCUAUGAGGAACAGAAUUUGCCAGCGCUUCUCAGCCCUUGGAGCGUACAAGGCAGAUCUAUACAAAAUAACCACCAGUGUCGUGGAAAAUCAACAGGAAGAAAGUGUUUUCCUCUUCAGUCAUUUCAUUUAUUCUCCUCCUCCUUGUUAUCAGAUGGCAGAGUUAAAAAUAAAAACCUGAUACACUCACAUAGAGUAGAGCUUAACUACAGAGCUGACUGCCACAGAAUAUUUGAGCUGUGGUGAUUUUCAUGGGUUCAAAAAAACUUCUAUAGCAGACAGUGCAGCUGCUGGGGAGCUUGGUCCUUUAGAACCAGGAAGCUGGUGCGCUGUGGACCGGGAAGUCUCAGCUUGCUGUGGGACCUUGAUACGCUUACCUUUCCAUCCGAGGUGUUCCCAGCGGCGCCUCGCGGGGACAGAGCACCGUGCUAGUUGCUGAUGCAUGGUCAAGAUGAGCGGAUUAGGAGAAAACUCCUUGGAUAGCCUGAGCAGUGAGUCAAGGAAACGCAAGCCGUUGCCCUGUGAUACACCGGGUGCAAGUCUGACCUGCGGUGGCGAGAAGCGUCGGCGCGAGCAGGAAAGCAAAUACAUUGAAGAACUGGCUGAACUGAUAUCUGCUAAUCUGAGCGACAUUGACAAUUUUAACGUCAAACCAGACAAAUGUGCUAUUUUGAAAGAAACCGUGAAACAGAUUCGACAGAUAAAAGAGCAAGGAAAAGCGGUUUCUAAUGAUGAUGAUGUUCAGAAAGCUGAUGUGUCUUCUACAGGUCAAGGAGUUAUUGAUAAGGAUUCUCUGGGACCUCUUUUAUUACAGGCAUUGGACGGUUUCCUGUUUGUUGUAAAUCGAGAUGGGAACAUCGUAUUUGUGUCAGAAAACGUCACACAGUACCUGCAAUACAAGCAGGAAGAUUUGGUUAAUACAAGUGUCUAUGGCAUCUUGCAUGAAGAGGACCGGAAGGACUUUCUUAAAAACCUACCUAAAUCUUCAGUUAAUGGAGUUGCUUGGACCAAUGAAACCCCCCGACAGAAGAGUCACACGUUCAAUUGCCGGAUGAUGGUGAAAACCUCCCAUGAUCUCUUGGAAGACGUAGGCAGCCUCCCGGAUACGCGUCAAAGAUACGAAACAAUGCAGUGCUUUGCUUUAUCUCAGCCGAGAGCCAUGAUGGAGGAGGGGGAAGAUUUGCAGUCCUGUAUGAUUUGUGUGGCACGGCGUAUCACGACUGCAGAAAGGGCAUUUCCGACAAACCCGGAGAGCUUUAUUACAAGACACGAUCUUUCAGGCAAACUUGUCAACAUCGACACAAACUCAUUACGGUCUUCGAUGAGACCCGGCUUUGAGGAUAUCAUUCGUCGGUGCAUUCAGAGGUUCUUAUGCCAUAAUGAUGGACAGUCGUGGUCGAACAAACGCCACUAUCAUGAAGCUUACACGCAAGGCCAUGCUGAGACGCCGUUGUAUCGGUUCUCUUUAGCGGAUGGCACCAUAGUGACGGCGCAAACAAAAAGUAAACUGUUUCGAAACCCUGUGACUAAUGACCGCCAUGGAUUUGUCUCUACCCACUUUCUUCAAAGAGAACAAAAUGGAUAUCGGCCAAACCCUAACUCAGUUGGGCAGAACGUCAGAACAGCCGUGGCUGGGAACGCGAGCUCUGCCGGCGCUCUGGUGACCGCGUCCCCUGGCCACGGGCUGGCAGCGCAGAGCAGGAGCUACGGGCUGGCAGAUCCCGGCGCCGUGGGGCAGCUCAGCAGCACCCGGUACGGAGGCCCCGGGAGCGUGGGGCCAGCGAGCUCUGGGCCCGGCAUGCAGCCCUCUGCGUACCAGAACAACAGCUACGGGUUAACUAUGAGUAGCCCACCACAUGGUAGUCCUGGUUUAACUUCCAACCAACAGAAUCUAAUGAUAUCUCCUAGGAAUCGAGGGAGUCCAAAAAUGAGUUCGCACCAGUUUUCUCCAGUUACAGGUAUGCACUCUCCCAUGGGAUCUGCCAGCAACACCGGCAACAACACGUUCUCUAGCAGUUCUCUUAGUGCUCUUCAAGCCAUUAGUGAGGGUGUUGGAACUUCCCUUUUAUCAACACUUUCUUCACCGGGUCCAAAAUUGGAUAAUUCCCCAAACAUGAGUGUAUCUCAGCAAAGUAAAACAAGUACCCAGGAGUCCAAAAGCCCUUCUGGUUUGUACUGUGAACAGAACCAAGUGGAAAGUUCCAUCUGCCAGUCAAACAGCAGGGAUCUCCUCAGUGAGAAAGACAGCAAAGAGGGCAAUGUGGAGGCAUCUGAAAGUCAGAGAGCGCCAUCUGAAAGCAAAGGGCAUAAAAAACUGCUUCAGCUACUCACGUGCUCCUCAGAUGACAGAGGCCAUUCUACAGCUUCAAACUCCCCUUUGGACUCCAGCUGUAAAGAAUCCUCCACCAGCGUUACCAGCCCGUCCGGAGUUUCCUCGUCCACGUCGGGGGGGGUAUCUUCCUCCUCGAACGUGCACGGGUCGCUCCUGCAGGAGAAGCAUCGCAUUUUGCAUAAAUUGUUACAGAACGGUAAUUCUCCAGCAGAGGUAGCCAAGAUCACAGCCGAAGCUACUGGUAAAGACACGUAUCAUGAUGUUAGUAAUACAGCCCCUUGCGGAGAAGGCACCGUCAAACAGGAGCAACUGAGCCCAAAGAAGAAGGAAAACAAUGCUUUACUGAGGUAUCUGUUAGAUAAAGAUGAUGUGAAGGACCCACUUUCCAAAGAGCUGAAGCCUAAAGUAGAAAAUGUGGAUAAUAAAAUGGGACAAUGCAGUAGUUCUACAGUUCCUACUUCCAGUCAAGAAAAAGAGACAAAGAUAAAACCGGAACCCCCAGAGGAGAUGAGUGGUGACUUGGAUAAUUUGGAUGCAAUUCUAGGUGAUCUGACUAGUUCAGAGUUUUACAAUAAUGCGAUGUCUGCAAAUGGAAAUAACCUUGGAACAAAGCAAGCAUUAUUUCAAGGAAAUGCACUGUUGGGCACGAGGAGUCCCCAGUCGGCGCAGGCUGCCCGCGCGCCCUUCGCCAGGGCCGUGUCUCUGGACAGCCCGGGCGCUGCGGUCAGGAACGUCAGCGCGUUCUCCAUGUUACACAAGCAGAACCUGAUGGGUGGAAGUCCAAGGAUGAUUGAAAACCAGGAGAAUUUUGGAGCAAAUCUGGGAGGUGCUCCCAGCAGAAGUGUCGCGGUGGGUCAGCACCCGGCGGCAGACUGGGCUUUGCCGAGCUCCAAGGGCAGCAGAGCGGAGCCUGCUGCCGCGUCCGUGGGCAGGCCGGGGCCCGAGUUCAGCGCGUCGCUCCCCAGGCCCGCGGCCGGCGGCUCCGUGCCCGGGCUGCCCGUUCGCUCCAGCAGCAUCCCCGGUGCGCGGCCAGUGCUGCAGCAGCAGAUGAUUCACAUGAGGCCGAAUGAGAUGAACAUCGGCAUGGGGGGGAAUCCGUAUGGACAGGCAGGACCGUCUCACCAGCCCAGCUCGUGGCCUGACAACGUGCUGUCCAUGGAGCCAGCAUCGCGGGGGGCGCAAAACAGACAAUUAGUUAGAAACUCUUUGGAUGACCUCUUGUGUCCGGCACCCAGUAUGGAAGGCCAGAAUGAUGAAAGGGCCCUUUUGGAUCAGCUGCACACGUUGCUGAGCAAUACGGACGUCACGAGUCUGGAAGAAAUCGACAGGGCGUUAGGAAUUCCUGAGCUCGUAAACCAAGGACAAGCUUUGGAACCCAAACAAGAUUCGUUUCAAGGUCAGGAAUCUUCAGUUAUGAUUGAGCAGAAGCCUUCGUUAUAUGGUCAGCCCUACCAAGGGCAAGGGGCAGCAAUGCCCGGAGGUUUCAGCAGCAUUCAGGGACAACAGCCGUCCUUCAAUUCGGUGAUGAAUCAGAUGAGCCAGCAGAGCAGUUUCCCAGUUCAGAGCAUGCAUCCCAGGGCAAGCGUGAUGAGGCCUCGAACCAAUGCACCAAAGCAGCUCCGCAUGCAGCUCCAGCAGCGGCUUCAGGGGCAGCAGUUUAUGAAUCAGACCCGUCAAGCGCUUGAAAUGAAAAUGGAAAAUCCAGGGGGUGGCAAUACCUCCGUGAUGAGACCAGUCAUGCAGCCACAGGUGGGAUCACAGCAGCAAGGUUUUCUUAAUGCUCAAAUGGUGGCUCAGCGUAACAGGGAGCUAAUAAGUCAUCAUUUUAGACAACAGAGGAUGGCAAUGAUGAUGCAGCAGCAACAGCAGCCUCAGGCCUUCAGCCCCCCGCCAAACGUGACAGCCUCAGGAAGCAUGGACAGUGCCCUGGCCGGCCCCCCAAUGGCUCAAGUUCCUGCACAGCAGUUCCCCUACCCACCCAAUUACGGACUAAGCCAACAACCGGACCCUGCGUAUAGCAGAGUACCGAGCCCUCCCAACCCCAUGAUCACGUCAAGAAUGGGACCCGCCCAGAACCCCAUGAUGCAGCACCCCCAGGCAGCACCCAUGUACCCGUCCCCGGAGAUGAAGGGCUGGCCCUCGGGCAGCAUGGCCAGGAGCAGCUUCCCCCAGCAGCAGUUCAGCCACCAAGGCAACCCAGCCGCGUACAGCAUGAUGCACAUGAACGGCAGCGGUGGCCACAUGGGACAGAUGAACAUUAAUACCAUGCCGAUGUCGGGGAUGCCUCUGGGUCCAGACCAGAAGUACUGCUGACACCCAGACCCGUCUCUUCACACAAGAAUGUGCUGUGUUAACGAUGCACUAGUAUUAUAAAGGAAAGCUACACAUUCUUCACGGCAAGUCGUGCUGGCCUUAUGGAAAUACGUGACUUUUCCUGUUAAUCACCGUGACGUCCUACGUUACUUCAUCCAGAGGAAAAAAACCCAGAAAAACCCCAACACAAACACACUUAGUAGGAGCAGUCUGUGUGCUGCUGGGUGUUGUGGCGUACAACAAGGUCCCAGUGUGUUGGGCGCUGCCGCUGGGGCAGCGGGCGGGAGGGCUGGCCGGGCAGGGGCCGCUGUGCUCGGCGCGGCCGCCUCGCGGGCGGGGACUCCCGUUUCUCUAGAACAAGAUCUGACGGAGAAUGUAGCUCCUGGCCUUGACUCUUUUAUAUUAAUUCCUGAAUAUAAAUGCUGCUUUUAAUCUCUUACCCCCCCGAGUCAGGAUUUCCCAAGCAGAGUAGCAGUGCACGUACUAGUCCAAAAUCCUGUCCAUUGAAGCCAAGGGGUAAAAAGAGAGGCUAAUAAAUUUAAAUUAUUUAAACACAAUUGUGACUAAUAUUUACAUAUUGAUGUGCAGCUGAGUGCACUUUAUAAAAGACUGUAUCCUGGAUUCAUGCAAUAUCUCUGAUGAGGACAGUAUGAAGGUGGGUGUACUCGUGGUCCUGCUCAAACACAGUCUCUUAAGAAUUAUUUGAAAAGACUGCAUAAUGCAAUGUUUUCUGUGUGUGGAAAUUAGAGCAAUAAUCUUUCAUCUUUUUGAAAAUAACUUCGGCCGACUCAAGGCACUGCCGGCUGAAUCGGAGUUUUGCAGUCUUUUUGUGAAUAAACUUUGUAAAUACGAUCUUUAAGAUAAUAUAUUAUAUAUAUGACUUUUGUAGGUCACUAACUCAUUUUUGCAGAGUUCGUGAAGCUAAAUAUUUAACACAAUGGAUUUCUGUAAACUCAGUGUAGUUGAGGUCCAAAUAGGUUUUCUUUUUCUCUUUUUCUUUUCUUUUUACAUCCAAUUCAAGGCCGUUGAAGCUGGGUGACUCGGGCCCACGUCCUUCUCCUCUUUGGUCUUCAACAUUCAUUAUUUUUACAUCUUUAACGUAUAGCUUUUUAUAACAGAGCAGUUGUUAAAUGCUUUCUCCCUCCGAGAGCCCUUGGCUUUUUACAUACGGCAGUUUGACGACAGGCUCCGCGUGGUGAGGCGUUAUGACUUGUCCUGACUUUCUAGAAUAUGUUGCCUUUUCAGCUGAUGAGUCUGAUUUGUGUCUUUUUUGGUCAGUUUUAACAAACUCUAAAUGUUCUUCAAAAACGUUUGUCUGUUGCAGAAUAUUUGUUGUUACAUGACAUUCAGAAACCUUUAAGGACAUGAAGCCACAAUUUAACCAAACGUCUGCACCUCAUCGGCUUGUUCUGAUAGUCGUGAAUGCACGUUCUGAGCAGGUUUCUUUCACAGCAGUAUUGAAGCCCGGCUACAACUUUAUUCCCAUUAUUUGCCGAUCGGUUCCCUCCUCCUCUGUUUUGGUUCCUUGAAAUGAAAAUCCCUUUGCAGUUUUUCCAAGUGCAACCUCUGAACUUCCACACGGGAUGACCCAGAAAUGUUUAAGAUUCGUGGUGCUGUGGUUCUGUUGUUCACUGUGCAAUGCAAAAGUGACUUCUCCCGAGUGAGUAGAAACAAUUACCAGUGUUCUUGAUUAACUCUUCUUGGUACUGUAAGCCAGGUGGUUUAUUGUUCAAAAUGUUAAUGAUCUUCCAUUUUAACAGAAAUAAUUUGACAAGAAAUAUUGUCACAACCUCAGCACACAGCCAGUUCUGUUCCAAAGGGAACGCAGAGUCGCUCCCUCUGCUUCACGCAGGCCUGGCUCUGCAGGUGGUACGGGGUGUAUUGAUUAGGCAAUAGUAUUUAUUUGACACCUUCAGUCUGCUUCAUGUGUGUUUUUAAUGCAAAACUUGUAAAAGCCUGAGGAACUUACUCAACAAAUAGAUACGUUCUAAGAAAUCAGAGAUGUAAGUGCUGCCUACUGAAGCUGAAAGGCAACAGUCCUUUGGUGUUUAUCUCGGAGCAGAACAAUCUUUAUACUUUGUAGUUGUUCAUUAUGUUGAUGCAAACUACAAGCCCUGAUUGCUGUCAUUAGGAGAGCUCUUGGAUUAGAACUGAUUUUAUACAUCAUGCCCUUUUCUCCUGCUUUUAAAUGAGUGAUUCUAUGUAUACAUCUAUGUGUAACUGGUACCUGACUGACGCUAUAGAGUGUCAUCAUUUUCUCGCCUGUGUUUAGAAUGUUGGAGCUUUCCAGUACCUACUUUUGCUGAAUCCAAAGAGUUUAGUUUAAGUCUGAUUAAGGGGGAGAGGGAGGAUGUUUAAAGAGCAUUGAUGGCAUCUUUCUGGGCAGCACGGAUCUGAAAACUGCACCUGGUUGGCCGGUCCUACCUCCUGCGGGAGCUGAAACCGACCUUCGCGCCGGUUGACCUUUAAAAUGCGCCGAUUCUGGUUCGGUUCUAUAGCAGCAGAUUUUGCCGAAUGGUUUUGAAAAACCACCUGUGUAACAUCUUUCAGCAGUGAUGGAACCGUUAGCGAGCACAGCCACCUCUGAUCACCGCUGCAGGAGGAGCUUCACUUCUGCUACAUGCCUCUGUUAUUCUUUCAAUCGCAGAAACUAUGUUUAUCUACAAUUUCUAUGUAGUAUUUUCUUCCAGUCUUGGCCUAAAGUACUGCUUUUAAAGUUAGAAAAUCAGGACCAUUUUUCAGUCAUAAGACAAAACUAUUUGAAUGUUGUACCAAUUAGCACACGUUUUAUUUUAGAAUUUAUGUGCGGACUACCAGAUGACAAUGAUACAGCAAGCACGAGAUAACGUAAUUCUGAGAGCAAUAUUUAAAAAUUCUCAGGAGAAGGCAUACAGUAUUGAGAACUGCGUUUAAGUUUAGUUUACAUUAAGUAUUGCUUGAAAUAGCUGUAUCUUUAUGUUGCAAAACAGAAAGAUCAUGGGGACUGAUUUAGAAGAGAGCUGGUUGUAAGGCAUUACUGCUCUUCUGGUUUUUGUGUUUGGAUGUUAAUAAUGAUGUAAAUAAAGGUUUCUAUUUAAAAUCAGAA